AAGUUGAGUGCAAAAGAAAUGAAGUACAAUGAAAUCACACACUUGAGCCAUCCUCGACACAAACUUAGAUUAAACUACACCAACAUCCCAUUCAAAUGCAACGGCUGCAAAGAAAUCGGAAUCGGUUCCCACUACAACUGCUCCUCCUCAUGCGACUUCGAUCUCCACACUCACUGCGCUAUCCCCAAACCUUCAAUUUCCCAUCCGUUCUACACCGAGUGCUCUUUCCAGUUCCUUUCCCAACCCCCGGGGACCAUCGAACGUAACUGCAACGCCUGCGAGAAACGAGUGACGGGUUUUCUCUACCACUGUCGAAAGUGUGGCUUCGAUUUGCACCCAUGUUGUGCGAGGCUUCCGAUGGUUCUGGUUGAUGAUCAUCAAGGGAAAGUGAAGUUGAAUUUGUUCGAGAAAGUGAGCUCUAAAUGUCAACGUUGCGGAAAGAAAGGGCAGAGCUGGAGUUACAGAUCUAGUUGUAACAGGUAUAGUCUUCAUGUGGCUUGUGUGAAGGAGAUGCUUGUGGAGAGAUGGCAUGAGAAUGAGAUUACAAGGGUUCCAUUAAACUUGAAGGAGAUUCUUCAGAUUGACCAUGAUAAAGAUGAUGAUGAUGAUGAUGAUGAUGGUAACAAGAAAGGGAAGAAGAAGAAGAAGAAAGGGAAGAACAAGUUUUCUGAGAUGGCUGGGAUUGCUUUUCAGUUUAUUCUGUCGGCUAUUCUUGGUGAUCCGACUGCUCUCAUUGUUGGUGUCGUUGCAACUCUCGUCUCUAAAUCCUAACUUAUUAAUUAUUAUCUACUUAUAUAAUUAAUUACAUGUAUUUCUUAACCUCAUAUA